AUGAGCAAGCCGCGGGCGGGGGACGCGCAGCCGGGCGCGGCGGAGUACGACGCCGCGGUGCUCGAGGCCGUCGGCGCGGGCGACUGGCUGUGCGUGGUCGAGCUCCUGGCCGAAGUAAAACUCCUGAAGUUCAGGCUCCCGGACACAACCGUCAUGGCCGCGUCGCGCGCCCUGUGCGAGGGCGGGCAGUGGGGUCGCGGCGCGGGCCUCCUCGAGGACGCGAUCCUCGCCGGCGCGUCGUGCGACGACGCGACGCUGCGCUCCGUCAUCGGCGCGUGCGACGCCGCCGCCACCGCCGUGGGCGACGCCAGCACGGCCACCCGCGCGGCCAAGGCCGCCACGGGCAUCCUGGACGCGGUAGCGAGCACGGACGACGAGGCCGAGGCGCCGGGGUGGGCGCGGAACGCGGUCGCGCGGCUGCUGGCGCGUGCGGGCGACUACGACGGUGCGGAGGCGGCUCUGGACGCGUUGAUGCGCGAGGAGGUGGCGGUGGAGGGGCGGACGUUCACGGUGAUCGCGGCGGAGCUGCUGCGGGCGGGGGAGGGGGACCGGGCGGAGGUCGUGCUCGAAUGCCGGGACUACUUGUGA